AUGGCCGCUGCAACUAUGCAGACUCCUCUCCGUCUCCUCUCCGAUACCUAUUUUCUCCAUCAAUCAAAUCGCAGUGUCAAAAUUCCUUGCAACCACUCUAAUUUGACGUCUCCGCUUCAUCACAACCGCAUUUUUGCGGCGCAGAAAACCACAACCGUGUGCGCUGUAAACAGGAGAAACAGAUACGGGAUCGCGAAAUCCGGCAAGCUGGUGCUGGAAUCGGCCUACAUCAUCGCGUCGCAUCUCCGGAUUCUUCCGGAGCCUGUGGAUUCAAUUCUGAGAGAAUUCGGAGCCGGAAAUGGAGGCCGGAACGGGUUCUGGAGCGGAUUCGGAAGGGGCGGAUCCGACGGUUGGAGAAGGAGGAGGAAGAUGAAAUUGGGAUUGGUGGGCAUUUUGGUAAUUCUCGGGGCGGUGGGGCUGUGGUGGAUUGUUGGGAAAGAAUUGGCAUUGGAUUCUGAUGCUUUAUUUGGGGGUUUAGGGUUUGUGCUCUUUGGGCUUUCUGUGGAAGGGUGGAGGAGAGGGGCUAGAGAUUGGAUUUUGGGGUUUUGUUGCUGUGCUGUUUUGGUGGGUUUGGUUUCCACCAAGGGUGAUUUUCCCGUGUGGUUGAGGAAUUUUGGGAGCUUGAAGAAGGGCCGGAGAAGAAGAAAAGGAAGAGCAUUUUGA